ACUGGAGAUCCAUCUAAAAGUUCUCUGAAGCUUUAUGAGACCAAGGUUCAAGGCCAUUCUGAUAAGUUUUUUUGGCGAAUUGAGAUGAAAGAUGCUCUGAAGCAUGGAGAGACAGCUGUUGUGGAUGUAGAGACAGUCUAUACACAUCAGCUUACUCCUCAUCCAGCUUCUAUCACACAGAAAGAGAAGCAGCUUGUAUUGUAUCAUGGCAACCAUUAUUUCUAUACUCCUUAUCCUGUCACAAAGCAAAGUACAGUAGUAAAUCUUGGUACAAGAAGCAUUGAGAGCUACACAAAACUAAAGCCAACUUCUCAGUCUGACUAUACCAUCAUGUAUGGGCCAUAUGAAAAUAUUCCUCCUUUUUCUAUAGAUAAGAUGUCAGUUCAUUAUGAAAAUAAUGCACCCUUCUUGACAAUCACAAACUUGGAAAGAGUGAUUGAAGUGUCUCACUGGGGAAAUAUUGCUGUUGAAGAAACCAUUGACCUAAAACACAGUGGUGCUACCCUGAAGGGGCCAUUCUCUCGGUACGAGUACCAGAGGGAAACUCAGAGUGGCUUGUCCAGUGUCAAAUCCUUUAAGACCAUUCUCCCAGCAGCUGCAACUGAUGCAUAUUAUCGAGAUGAAAUUGGUAACAUCUCCACUUCACAUAUGAAAAUUUUAAGUGAUUCUGUUGAACUUGAUCUUCGGCCAAGAUUUCCACUAUUUGGAGGCUGGAAAACACACUAUGUUAUUGGGUACAAUGUUCCAAGCUAUGAGUACUUAUUUAAUAGAGGAGAUGAUUACUUGCUAAGAAUGCGAUUCUUGGAUCAUGUGUUUGAUGAUAUGAUUGUUGAUGAAGUGAUAACCAAAAUAAUUCUGCCAGAAGGUUCCCAGGAUAUUCAACUUACAACUCCGUAUCCUGUAGAGCACUUGCCUAAUUCGCUUCAUUUUACAUAUCUUGACACAAAAGGAAGACCAGUAAUAAUGCUAAGGAAGAAAAAUCUUGUUGAGAAUCAUAUUCAGGAUUUUGAGCUUCAGUACAAGUUCCCUCGGAUUCUAAUGUUGCAAGAGCCUUUCCUUGUUGUUCUGGCCUUUUAUCUCUUAUUUCUCUUUGUCAUUAUCUAUGUGCGACUAGACUUCUCUAUAACUAAGGAUGAAGCAGGAGAGAGUCGCAUGAGAGUUGCAGGUUAUUGCGAGAAAAUACUGGCCCAUCAAGAUAAACGGGCCAUUACAUACACUUCCUACAGUGAGCAGCUGGCUAAACUGAAAUUAUCCAAGGACAUUAAUGCAUUUCUUGCGUCAGUGAAGAACAUCAACCAUGAACACAAGAAUGAAACUGCUCACAUUGCUGAACUUCUGGUAAAACUUAAAGCUGAUUCUGCAGAUCUUGCUGAAAAGGUUUCAGAGCUACAGAAAGCUGAUAAGCAUCUGAAAGACUUGUACACGCAACACCAGAGCCUGUAUGUUGAUAAACUAGUCCCAGGAAAGAUUGCUCGGCAGGCAUUUGUUGACACUGAGAAUCAGCUUAACAAGAAGAAAGAAGACUGUGUGGAGAAAAUCAACACACUUGUGAAAUCACUACAGUAAAAACUGAAUGACAGUUGAUUGCAUAAUGAGUGAAAAUUGUGUUCUUGUGGUACAGAUUAUUUUUCAUGCUGAAUACAUUAAGUUCUCACAUUCCAUCACCACAGUUAUAUACUUUUGUUACUGAGAAACUUUUUAUCAUGUCUGUUUUCUCUGAAUCGAAAUCUGUAUAAUGAGAGGUGUGUUAGAAAUGAUUUACAUGUCAAGAUGGGCAUGCUAAGGAGUAUCUAAGAGCACUCGUUUAUAUACAGAUGAAUAUUGUUAAGGAACUUGAAUAAAAUCAAACUAAAUAACUUACAUAUGUGUUGCAGAAUGUUGUGAAAGGUAUUACAGUUUUUCUGUUGGCUUGGUGACUUAUUGGCUGUAAGAUUUUUCAGUGAUCAAAGUAGACUCUUCCUCUUAUGGCAACAACAUUUGAAAACAAUUCUUACUUUAUUAUUAGUGUGAAGUCAAGACUACUAUUGCAUGAAGAAUGGAAAUAUGCUAUAUUACAUAAUUACCCUGUACAGUUUGUUGCAAUCUCUUCUAUACAAAAUUUGUUUAAAGAUGGAGAGUACUUCCUGUAGGCCUUCAACAACCAGACCGGUCUUGUUUCCACAUAAUUUUCAUCACUUCCAUCAUCAUUGUGGUGUCAGUCGCUUUGAUAGUUGAAUCAUCAGAAGUUGAACUGUCAUCACAUAGCUGGAUGAUGGGCUGUUUUUUCUUGAAUUUCAUCGACUUCCUACAUCAUAAUUUCUGUUACCCUGAGGUUCAGCAGAGUUGUUGCAGUUCUCUACACUUACAGUAUUAAAUCCUUUAUGAAUUAAUCUUUUACUUUGGCCAGUUUCAAAUUUGGACUUUUCAUGGCAGUGUAAUGUUUUGCAUGAGCCCACACAAGUUCAGUCGGUUUCACUUCACAGUGAUAUGGAGAUAAUAUUAAUCAUCUGUAUACCAUAUUUCCAUUUGACACUGUUCACAAGAUCUGUUAAAUCCUCCUUUGGCAUCUUUUCUUUGAAUAGAAUAUCAUGUGUUAUAUACUGCUUUUUGGCUGCAGGAAGUUGCACAACAAAAAUUCUUCUCAAAGCAGUCACCAUUCAUUUUGUCAUGGGCAUCAGUGGUGUCCUUUUUGCACAGAAACACAAGUUUCACAUUCACAACCUGUCCUUUUAAUUUUUUAUAAGAGUCUUAUGAGAGAAGUUUUCCUUGUCUCAUCUUUAAGCUCCUGUAUUGACCCAUGAUUCAUCAAUGUGCAUAGUGCUCUUAUUUUCUUUGCUGAAUUUCUUACUGUGGACAAGGUAUGCCACCAAAUCCUCUUUUUCUGUUCUAAUGGCUUUGUUCCCUUUCCUGUCAUAAACAGAGCCAGAUUCUUUAAGAAGGUGAAGUAUGGAUUUUGUAAAAUUCAUUAUAUUGCUGAAGGAGGUUAGUUUUUAAAAUGAAAGUCAUGAACUUCAUGCUAUUUGCCACUCCUAAUAAAAUUGUUAUACUUCACUUUCUUGCAGUUUACUCUAGUUGAUUUUCUCUCCUUUUCAUUUUCACUGAUACCAGUGGGCCUUGAAUAUCUUCAGUAUAAAUUCCAAAAGCUGAAACCCUCAAAAUGCCUGCAGCUUGAACAGUUUCAUUCAGAUCCACACUACACCUUUUUUAGGAUUUUUAUUUUGAAUUUAAUUAAACAUGUUCGAAAACAUUUGUCAUUCUUUGCUUCUAAGCACCUGUCCAAUUGUAAGCUUUACCAAAGCAACCCUAGUUAUUCUGUAGCUGUAGACUGUUUAAAAUCUUGCAGCAUACUAGACUGGCUGUAUGAAAGCCCACCGCACCACUGACAAAGGAUAUUUUAUUUAGUACAGCAGGACAGUGAUAGUCUAAGAAGGGAAAGCAUUAUUUUUAAAACAAAUACAAUACAUGAUAGACUUACAAAAUGCUUUUACUAUCACCUUAGAAAAGACAUAUAACUGCGUCAUACUUAUAUCUGAGAAAAAAACAAAAUUUGUACUUCAUGGGGGGGGAGGGGUCGCUGUUGGAAGUAUAAUCUACAUUUAAAGUCAGAGAGUUCACAGCUAAAACAUUCUAAUGUAAAUGAAAAUAUUUCAUUCUGAAUGGCCAACAAAGAAUCAGUCACUACAAUGGGAGAGCCCAUUCUGAACCAUUUCCACAAAAGCAAUGAAAGGUACACAUAUAUAUGCAAGGUUUUAAUAUUUAAUAUGUAGGAUUCUCAUUUUAUUUACAUUUAUUAUAUUGCACUCAAAAUUCCAAUUAAUCUAUGGUACACUAAGAGCUUUCUCAUGAAGCUGAAGUUUUACAGAAAGAUGACAUCCUUGUUCAUAUCUUGAAACAUUUUCUGAAAGGUAUAUAACAUAUCUGCAUGUUUCUUUCCUUUUUUUUUUUUUUGGCCUGUCGUAAUCAUGCAGUUUGCUGGAUUACAUAAAAAAAUACAAGGGUAUUUCAGUAUCAAAGUUUUACUAGAGUAAACAUACCUUCUUAUCUUACAGAAGAAAUUGAUGUAUAAGUUUCCACAGUUCAUACAAAAUGUACAAAAUAGUAAUGAGUAAGAAACAAGUUUUGUGCUGUUUUGGCACCUGUACAUGUAAGUGAACAUUCCAUGUUUUUUCCUCCCACAGAAAUGGUACACUCUAAAUAAGACAGAGAAACCAAAGGAUAAUGCAUAUUCAAUUAAUACACAUUGAAAAAUCAAGAUACAGGAAUUAAAAUAUUUUGGUACAAAACUUGAACAGCAGCUUCAAUUCAAGACAAGAAAUUAAUGAGCAUUUCCAUGCCUACCAUCAGUCAAGAAGUACAUCAAGAAUGGAGCAGCAGCUUUUCAAAGUUGCAUGUCUGAAUUGGUCUGUGCUACUACAAAAUGCUGAAAGGGGGCAGCUGAUUUAUUCUUUGAACAGUUCAUUUUGCCAUUGCCACUGCAUAGUUAUGCACUAAACACAUGUUUGAAGUUAUACAAAUCCCUUUAGGAUGCAAUGAUAAACAAGUAGAGUAACAAAAAUAAAACAGCAUUUUCUAUAUAACAUGCUUUGUCACAAUUAACAUGAGAUUUACAAGUAUGGUAAUACACAGUUGACAGGGGAUAAAUCCAACAGCAUGGUACUGCGUGCAGACUGUUCCUGUUAGUGCACAGUGUUGCCAGCUGCCUGCUGAAAUUUCUUUAUCAUAUUGCCAGUCCAUGUUUCAUGGAAUAAUAUUAUGUGUUUCUUUAGUAUGUAAUUGCAAAUGCUACACGAGUUUCUUCUGACAGCCAUAAAAAAAUGUUGCUGACUUGUACACCUAACAUUGAAUAUAUGGUUUCCAACUUUGUGCAGUAAGAAACACCAGUCCCCUUUCUAAGAUAAAAUUUAAUACUAACUGGCUCUUGACAAAUACAUGAGGGUGCUAAAUAUUGCUUUCUGUUCUAGUGGUUCAAAGUAUUUCGUGAAACUAAAGUUGAAAUUACUUCAACAACAUAAAAUGAUCUUUCUCAGUUACCAAGAGAGAACUACUCCAAAGCUGGUUAUUAACACUGGUUAUUGCACUAUAAAGCAAGAACACUGAUCUUGUACUUACAUGGCAGUGUUCCAUACCUCCAUAUUUUUCUCUUAUAUGGGUAUCUUCAAUGAACAGGGGCCACUAUAUUGUCACAAAGUAACUUAUUUUUCAUGUCACACUGUGCUGUUUAUGUCUUCCCAGUUCUGUAACUAACUGAAGUUACACCUACAAAACAAAUGCAAUGUCACUUAUAAGUAUGGAAGAAACAAUAUGUAUUUACUAUCUAAAUACAGAAUAUCAUAUAUAUUAUCUUUAUCCUAGCAUGUUUCAACCACUCAUCAUCUUCAGGAACAGUCUAAUACACAUAAGCUGUUGAAGUUUACAUUGGUAAUCCACGUUUCACAUUGUAUUAUUUUCAUUUCUUAAAUAACAUGUCUCAAGUUUCAUAUUAAAAUGAAGCUUUGAGAUUUGAUGGCAGCUAAUUAUCACUUUUCUAUUAAUGUUUAUCAUGUGUUCCUUCCAUGAUCCCUCUGUGUGUGGUAAAUAUGAUGGAAAAUAGAUAAUUGCCACAAAUAUUGUUUACAUAAAAAACAAUCUCUGGUCACCAAGCAUCUUGCCAAAAAGAAGAUACUGCAUAUGAUUAUGCAGUGAAACUGAAUUUGCUAUAUAAUGAUUAAU